GUCUCGUUUGUUGGGUUGUCUCUGACACCCCGAGAAGUUUGCGGAGUGCGGUUUGUGCUUGGACUACUUUCACUCAGUUUGCAAGGAUUUGGCUGUGGACUACAUAUUUCUUUUUGGAGAUGGAUUAAGGGAGAUCAUGGUGGUAAAUUCGGUGCACUGGUUUCGGAAAGGUUUGCGGCUCCACGAUAAUCCGGCGUUACAGGAGGCCCUGAAUGGAGCAGAUACAGUGCGCUGUGUUUAUAUCCUGGACCCGUGGUUUGCAGGCGCCGCUAACGUUGGGAUUAACCGAUGGAGGUUCCUGCUAGAGGCCCUCGAGGACCUGGACAACAGUCUAAAGAAGCUCAACUCCAGGCUUUUUGUCAUCAGAGGCCAACCAACGGAUGUGUUCCCCAGACUCUUUAAGGAGUGGAAUGUGACAAGGCUGACCUUUGAGUAUGACCCAGAGCCUUAUGGGAAGGAGAGAGAUGGGGCCAUUAUCAAAAUGGCUCAAGAGUUUGGUGUGGAGACCCUUGUGAGAAACUCCCACACACUGUACAACCUCGACAGGAUCAUUGAGAUGAACAACAACAAUCCUCCUUUGACCUUUAAGCGUUUUCAGACGAUUGUGAGCAGACUGGAGUUGCCUCGGAGACCGUUGCCACCCAUCACCCCACAGCAGAUGGACAAGUGUCACACAAAAAUCUCUGACAACCACGACCAGCUCUACAAUAUACCUUCUCUAGAAGAACUAGGUUUUCGAACAGAAGGCUUACCUACAGCUGUGUGGCGAGGAGGCGAGUCGGAGGCGCUGGAAAGACUCAACAAACACCUGGACAAGAAGGUAUGGGUAGCCAGUAUUGAGCACCCUCGGGUGAGCACAUGCUCUCUGUAUGCCAGCCCCACUGGCCUCAGCCCCUACCUCCGUUUUGGCUGUCUAUCCUGUCGUGUCCUGUACUACAACCUGAGAGAGCUUUAUAUGAAGCUGCGUAAGCGAUGCAGUCCUCCUCUUUCCCUUUUUGGGCAGCUCUUAUGGAGAGAGUUCUUCUACACCGCUGCCACCAACAAUCCCAAUUUUGACCGCAUGGAGGGGAACCCCAUCUGUGUUCAGAUUCCAUGGGACCAGAACCCAGAGGCUUUGGCUAAGUGGGCUGAGGGUCGCACUGGUUUCCCUUGGAUCGAUGCCAUUAUGACCCAGUUGAGACAGGAGGGCUGGAUUCAUCAUCUCGCCCGACACGCUGUGGCCUGCUUUCUGACCAGAGGAGACCUGUGGAUCAGCUGGGAGAGUGGCAUGAAGGUGUUUGAGGAACUUCUGUUGGAUGCUGACUGGAGUGUCAAUGCUGGCAGCUGGAUGUGGCUGUCCUGCAGUGCCUUCUUCCAACAGUUUUUCCACUGCUAUUGUCCAGUUGGUUUUGGGAGGAGAACUGACCCAACUGGCGACUAUAUCAGGCGGUACAUCCCAAUUUUGAAGAACUACCCGAAUCGCUACAUCUGUGAGCCGUGGAAUGCCCCAGAAUCAGUCCAGAAGGCGGCAAACUGUGUGGUAGGAGUGGAUUAUCCCAAACCAAUGAUAAACCAUGCGGAGGGAAGUAGGCUCAACAUUGAACGAAUGAAGCAAGUUUAUCAGCAGCUGUCUCACUACAGAGGACUCAGCUUACUUGCAUCGGUACCAACAAUCCAAGAAGAAGCAGAGCCACCAAUGACGGAUGAGUCUCAAACGAGCAGUGGCCCUGACUCUCCACACAAACCUCCUGACAUAGAGGCAGCAGGGUGCUCCACCGCUCCAGAUUCGUCCACCACAGAUCUCUCCACUUUCUCAGCGACUGUUCCAUACACAGCGCUAGGUGACACCCCCUGUCCACAAAAUGAGCCCCCUACCGCCAUAUCCUCCACCUCCACUGACCCUAUGACAGCACAGCCCAAACCCUCGUCUCCUGCCUCACCAUGCCCAAAUGUGGCUCCCAGCCCUGGUCGUACUACCUCAUUGGGCCCAAGAAGGAAAGGCAUGGCCCGUAAGGCACGACGUAGCCACAGGCAGAGGGUACGACAGAACUGUGCCACAGCAACUAAAGAGGGGGACAGGAGGACAGAUGAGGAGUCCCGGGACAGCACUGCGGCGGAGGACAAGAUGGAGGAAGAAAUCGAGCAGGACGAUGAAAAGAUGGAGGAGGAAAUGCAUGGAGGAGAGUCACCAGGAUAUCAGCAGUAACAGGAGACUCCCAGAUGAAACCUAUUAUUCAGCUCCAAAGGAAAACCAUGGUACCCAAGCAUCCACCACAGAAGGCAGUAAAAAUAGGAACUAGUACCAGGAAAACUCUUUAUUUUUCAGACCAGUCCUGAUGAAAUGCACUAUAGCCCUUGUGGACUGAUGUGACCAUCAGCUAUUUUUGAACUUGCCCCUUUGUCUCGUUGAAUGUAUUCUUCAUAGAAUCUGUGACGCACAACAGAAAUUAUUAUUUGCUUACUUCAAAAAGGUGACUAACCCAAUUUUUUUUUUUUUUUUUUAAUCUCCACCUCUAUAAUAUUUUCUGAUUUUUGUGCAUCAAACUUCUAUGAAAGUGUAGCAGGAAUCUAUGUAAAUACUGCGCAGAGGCAAGAACGUUAGUUUGACUAAAUAUACAUUACAUAUACAUUUAUUCUAUAUUAAUUUGCAUACUGUAGAUGAAAUGUUGAAAGAUUUUGGAAGUUGCCAUAUUUUUCUCUGGCAAGAAAAAUGCUGCUUUUUUGGACUGAUAUCAAGGAAUGGAUAUUGUGUACUAUAUUUUGCUGAGUAGAUAUGUAAAAAUUGUAAAAUAUAAGUAAAGAGUGGUCUGGUAGUGCGGUUUCACAAAUGCUCACACAUCAAUCUUUUUGUGGCCAAAAACCUUCACUAAUGGGCAAUAGAGAAUAUCAGAGAUUUUUUUUCCAUGUGUCGUGUUUAUUACCCAGUGCUUAAGCUUAACUGCAAACAUUUCUUGCAUGCAGUCAUUUUAUUUUAUGUAGCUGAAAAACCACGUCAAUUAUUGCCCACCCCCAAAUAACAAUGUACUUGCCUAACAAGUCCAGAAUGAUAUCUGCGUAAAGUAUUGGAUGUGUAUUUUGGAUGACAAGCAAUCAAUAUACCACAACUAUCAUUAUAACUAUAAUGAUAGUUAUGUUAUAUAAGUUACACAAUUAUUUGAAAAAUAAACUGACUGGGCUCUUGCUAACUGGAAUGGAAAAUUCAAAAUGUAAACAUUUUGUGCAUUUUUCAUUCAGGUAGAGAUGUGUAGAGUUACAAUCACUACUCUUUAUUGCAUUUUCAGAAAACUUAAUUUAAAAAAUGUUUUAAUGUUAAGUGUGUAAGCCCUUACAGGCUGACUUUGUGAAACCUCCGCUUGACUGUCUGGUUGAUUAAAUUGUGUCAUACAAUGGUCUUGGCAAGAUAACUCAUGGAAUUUCAUCUGCUCUGAAUUACCUUGGUUUGUGGAGUAACCAAUUACUUUUUUCAAAAAAAGAUAAUUGAAUAUAAUCUAUAGUUUAGAUACAUAUAAAAACAAAUACACUGUCUGUAGUCUCAAAAUACUGUUUAAAACCUUGGUGUUAAAAAUUAAAAGCCUCAGCCCCUAGAGCUCAAUCUAAUGAUAAUUUAGAUUUAACAAUCUAAUGGAAUCAUUUGGGACAUUAAUGUCUCUGUAAAAGCAUAGUGUAUCCUUCCAAGUACUCCCAAAAUAUUUGUAUAUUUUUAAAGUACACAUUAACAGUUGUGACUACAUUCCAGGUGAUGGCAGUAUGAAAUUAUGAAGCUAAGAUGGAUAUGUGGCUAUUUAUUUGUUUUGUAUUGUACAAAGAAUUUAUUUUCAAUAAAAUGCCUAAAAGAUUUUUGAG